AUGUUAGUCAAUCGAGAGGGUAACAACACAACAAAAGUGUCAGGAUUCGUAGAUAAUUACUCAUCUCCAGGCAUAACGGCUUUAUGCUUAGAGCUAUCUUCACGUCGCGAUCUCGUCUACACAGCAAAAUCACCAAGCUCCCGCCAAAAGCUAGACUCAGUUUGCGUUCAGAUUUCUAAAUCGUUUACACGCCAGGAAUGGAAAGCUCCCAUUGCGAAAGACGGAGGAAUUAUUCGUGUGCGCAAACAGAGAGAUAUGACUCGGGUAAGUAUUGAGCAUUACACAACGUCCGAAAUAGUCUCGUCUGUCAAAAUUUUUUCAAGCGAUUACGGGAAACUCAAUUUGAGUGGUCUCUGUCUAGUUUCUCUCAAAUCUUAUAAGCGAAGUACUGAACUUCUUCAUAUGCUAUUAGAUUCCGACGUUUGA